AUGGAGAAUAAUGAGAAUGUGAUUGACUAUUUCAAUCGAGUGCACACAAUCACUAAUCAGAUGAAAGCCAAUGGAGAAGUGAUGACUGAGGUGGUGAUCAUUGAAAAGAUUUUGAGGACACUAACAUUAAUAUACGAUCACAUAGUGAUGGCAAUUGAAGAAUCAAAGAAUCUUGAUACAAUGAAGUUGGAAGAUCUAUCCAAGAAAGUACAAAGAGAUGAUGGUGAAGCACAAUUGGCCCAGGCAGACAGUUCUGACUUAGAUGAAGUGUUACUGAUGGCUUCUACAAGCAUGGAGGAUUAUUGUCUAGGAUUGUGGUAUCUUGACAUAGGGUGCUCGAAUCACAUGUCUGGCCAUAAAGAUAGGUUUGUAAGUAUUGAUGAGAAUGUGAAAAGGGGAAUCAUAUUUGCAGACAACAGCACAAUAAAAACUGAAGGAGUUGGCAAGAUCUUGAUUCAAAGAAGGGAUGGCAAACAAUCUUUCAUAUGUGAUGUGUUGUAUGUGCUAAAUAUGAAGAACAAUAUGCUAAGUCUUGGAAAAUUGCUGGAGAAAGGAUACUCUAUGAAUAUAGAGAAUGGACAAAUGAAGAUGUUUGAUAGUGCAAAGAGGCUUAUCUUGAAGGCACCACCGUCCAAAAAUAGAACCUUCAAGAUUGAAAUCCAGAUCAAUGAAAAUCAGUGUUUUGCUGCAGAAAUCAAGAGGGAAGACUGGUUGUGGCACUAG